AUGUCUGAGACCUCCUCCAGCAAGGAGAGUCCCCCGCCCGAGUGCCCCGUGUGCUACGAGAAGUUCCAGCCCCUGGAGGCCGCGCACCGGCGGCUCAGCUGCGGCCACACCUUCUGCCACGACUGCCUGGUGAAGUGCCUGCUCUCGGCCAAGCUGGACGGGCACGUCCAGAGCAGCAUCAUCUGCCCCGUGUGCCGCUAUGUCACCUUCCUCAGCAAGAAGACUCUGUGGCCGCCCGGGGCGGGCACCAACCCCCGGGCACUGGAGAUGCCUCUGUCGCCGUCCUCCUUGUCCCAUCUCACCAAAGCAGAGGCCGGCAACACCCUGGUGGUGCCCAGUCACUUCGUGAUGCCGGUGCAGAGCUUUGCCCGGUGCUGCAGCGCAGGGACAAACCCCGCGGACCCGCCGGGGCUGCCAGCGGCGCUGGCACGGGAAGCCCACAUCUUUGUCAUCAGCGACCACGGGAUGCCCCUGGUGGACACGGACUGCAGCUCCCUGGGGAGGAGGAGCAGGGCAGACACGGGCAGCUUGGUGUCAUCCAGCUCAGCCCUGGGGGUGAAGUGCUGCCAGUCCCCCAUGGCCCUCGCUGUCCUCCUCAUCCUCACCGUGGCCAUGCUGGCGGCUGUGCUCCCCUGGCUGCUGCUGGUCAAGAGGGACUUGUAG